AUGGAGGUUCCGUGGCCUGAAGCCCUCGAGGAUGGAGACAAGCAGAUGUACCUGGAGGAGUUCGAGGAUGUGGCGGAGCUGGCGGGGUCAUAUGACGGCCAUCCGAGCGCUUCUCAAGGGCCGAGCGUGGGUGGUGUUGGAUGCGGCGCGAAGAGGCCCGGAGAAGAUGGGGUGGGCCCCCAUGAAAGACGCCCUGAUCGCGGGUUUUGA